AUGUCUGAAUAUUUGGAAACAAGAACAUAUUAUUAUGAUCCUGUUAUGGAUAUAGAUGUUAAUGGAGGUGAUCCAAUUGUUGAUGAUGAGGAACAAGAAACAUGUGCCAUUUGUUUACUUGAAUAUAAAGAUGAAAACACCAUUAGCACACUUCAAUGUGGCCAUGAAUUUCACUCUGGAUGCAUCAAGAAGUGGCUGCAGAGGAAAAAAUCAUGUCCCUUUUGUAGAGCUUCAUUUCUUGUAACUUUGAGAGGAUAUCCAGAAUCAUUGCAGAUUAUCAUGUCAGAAUUUUCUACACAUCCAGUUCCUUAUCAUGUUUCUGAGAUUGAUAGCAUUUUAACUUGUGCCGAAUAA